AUGUCCAAAGACUCCUCCCACACCUACAUCCACCUCAACGAACCCCGCCACGCCGACCUCUUCGAAGAAUUCACCCGCCCCCCGCACCUCCCCCACGAAUCCAUCUACGUGCCCCCCAACCACCAGCCGCCGAACCCCGAAGACGAAGACGACGUCGUGCCGGACCAGCACGCGGCCUUUGGCAUAACGCGCGCGACGCAGGCGAAGAAGGAGAGCGCGUGGAAGGAUUUGGGGUUGGAGGGGUUGGUGGGGAAGGGGCCGAAGGGUGGGGAGGUGGGGAUGCCGAAGUUGCCUAGAUGA